CGUUGCGCGGGCGGCUGCGGGCGGGGGUGGUGGAGGCGCUAUCAGCCCUCUCCCACCUGCCCGGCCCCCAGGGCCUCCAGGUGGCCCACUACUGGCUAGCCCGGCUGCUGUCCUCCCUGGCCGCCCGCACCGCGCCCUAUACCAGCCUGGUGUACGCGGAGGGGCCGAGGGACCCCGCUGACCUGGUGCAUGCGGUGCCGGUGCUGCCCAGCUACGUCAGGUCCGUGGUAGACGCCCUGGAGCGGGCAGCUGACGCGGUGGCGGACGACUCGCCCUCCCUGCCGCCACACCUGGAGUUCGACCUGGCGGGGAGCGGGCUGGUGGGCCGACCCACUCCACCUCCUCCUCCUCCUCCACCUGCUGGUGCUGCUGGUGGUGGUGCUGGUGCUGCUGGUGGUGCUAAGAAGGGCAAGAACGGAGCCGCAGUUGCCAACACAAAAGAGGCGGCAAAGAAGGCCGACGGGGCCGCGUCUGCAACCGGCAGCUUGUCAUCAGCACCAUCCACCUCCGCUUCCAACCCCAAUCCCACAACCCCGCCUGCCUCCACUGCCUCCACCACUACCUCCGCUGCCGCUGCUGCCGAGCGCGCCGCCUACCUUGCCGCCAGCCAGCUGGUGGACAUGGUGCUGGCGGAGAGCAGGGCGGCGGAGGCGCUGGAGGCCCUGUGUGCCAUCGUGGCCCCCGACCCCGCCAAACAGCGCUGGCUGCUGGUGCGGGGCGUGCUGCCGCUGCUUCACCGCCUCAGUCGCACGCCCGCUGCUGCUGGCCCGGAUGCUGCCGCUGCCGGUGCUACGGUAGCAGCUGUGAACGCUUCGUCGGCCGCCCAUUCGUCCUCCUUGUUGCCGUCCUCGCCGUCCUCAGUGGCGGCGUCUGGUGACCCACGGGUCACAAGCGCCACGGAAGCGAAUGCCGUCAGCAAGGCCUCUGCUGAAACAAGCAAAGCAGCUCAACAGCAGCAGCAGCAGCAAGGACAGGGGAAUCAGCCGAACCAACCACCUCUCUCCUCGCUACCUUCCGCCACAGCUCCCAUUCCGGCUGUAGGAGCCGCCGUCGGUGAUAUACCUGGUAAUGGUGGUAAUGGCUCGGGAGUACUGACGUCGCGCACGCCGCCCUCCCAAUCCACGCCAGCACUGUCCUCCCCCGCAGCAGCAGGUGCAGCGGAAGAGGCGGUGGAGGGCGGCGUGGUGGUUUCGGAGGUGCUCAGCGACCACCAGGCGGGUCCCUCACUGAGUCUGCAGCGCCAG